UCAGUUUCAGACUUCAGUCUCAAGAGAGGAACUAAAUAUCAACAAGGCGAAAGGCUCCUAAUAGAUGUAAUGGCUUAAAUUCGUCACAGUCUUUUAAAAUAUUGCACAGAUACAGAGACAUUCUUGCAAAGGCUUUGUUCUGUUGAUACGGACGCAACGGAGACGUACCGCUAUCUACAGAAGUCUUUUUAACGAGGACGUGUUGAAGGCCGCCAUUUUUGUUAGCUUACUAGCUCGCUAAGUUAGCUGACUAGGUAACUGGGUGGCUAGUUACUCUCAAAACUCCGUAGGAGUAAAUAAAUGUGUAGCUAGCAAACGUUAGCUUGUAAUACGUUUCCCCGACGCAAACCUUUUUUUCUUAGGGUUAGAAUAAAACAUCAGAAUAAGUCAUAAGCGACCAGUUUUGAUGGCAACUAGCUACCUUGCUAGCAGUAUAACUUGGCUAACGAUAUGGGAGUAGCUUACAAAAGUAGCUAGCUUGUUAGCUAGCUGGCUAACCUUUCUGUGUAGCAAGCUAUUGCGUAUAUGGACUGACAGUACUUGGAGUUAUUGUUAGCUAUUUAGCCGUUUCCUCGCAACAGAAAACAAGGGAAGCACUGACGUGUAGCUAACUUUACGCCCGGGAUUCCCCUGGGUAGCCAGAUAGGGAACUAGCAAUUUGUAUAGUUUUGUAAAUCUUUAGUGGCACUGCUAAAGGCUGACUUAACAGCCAGUCAGGUAGCAAACUAGCGAACUAUGAUACACAGUGGUCUCAUGCUUUUUGGAGCUUCAUUGUGAAACGUCAGGUUUUGUGUCUAGCUAGCCGGCCAGCUAACCUCUUGGUAGCUAGAUUACAGGAGAUGAAUGUUUGCCUCAAGAUAUAUGCUAGCUGGUUAGCUAGCAAGCCAUCUAAGUUAAAUUAAAUGUUAGGGGUGAGUGUUCACUCUAGUUAACUGGCUGAAUCCCGGAAUUUAAACCAGCUAGCUCGCUAUGCGCCAAAUUAGCUGUGUAGCGCAGAUAUCUUCGUGCCGCUACUACGCUAGCUAGCCAGUUAAGUUUCCUUUUAAUUUAUUACUCUUCUCCAAUUAGUUUGUUUAACGUAGCUGGUCGUAUUUGCUAACUAUGUCAUCCGCACGGUUCGAUUCAUCAGACCGGUCCAGUUGGUAUUUCGGUCCCGUUUCGCGACAGGAGGCACAGAAUAGAUUGCAGGGACAGAGACAUGGUAUGUUUUUGGUCCGGGAUUCUUCAACAUGCCCAGGCGAUUAUGUGCUGUCCGUGUCAGAAAAUUCAAAAGUCUCCCAUUAUAUUAUCAAUUCGCUGCCUAACAAGAGGUUCAAGAUCGGCGAUCAAGAGUUCGAUCAUCUCCCGGCACUGUUGGAAUUCUACAAAAUCCAUUACUUAGACACAACAACACUUAUAGAACCAGCUCCAAGGUACCCAAACCCAGCAGUCGGCGGCAGCCCGGCGCAAUUGAUGGGGGGUCCGGAGGAGAACCUAGAAUACGUGCGGACUCUGUACGACUUUACGGGCAGCGACGCCGAGGACCUGCCCUUCAAGAAGGGCGAGAUCCUGAUCAUCCUGGACAAGCCGGAGGAGCAGUGGUGGAGCGCCAAGAGCAAGGAGGGCCGCGUGGGCAUGAUCCCCGUCCCCUACGUGGAGAAGCUGGUGCGGCCCUCGCCCCACCAGAACCAGUUCCAGGGCAACCGCAACUCCAACAGCUACGGCAUCCCAGAGCCGGCGCACGCCUACGCCCAACCCCAGACGCCCUCGCCCCUGCCCCCCGGCACGCCCGGCGCCAUCAUCAACCCCCUGCCCUCCACUCAGAACGGACCUGUAAUGGCCAAGGCCAUCCAGAAACGAGUGCCGUGCGCCUACGACAAGACUGCCCUGGCACUGGAGGUGGGUGACAUUGUAAAAGUGACGCGGAUGAACAUCAGCGGCCAGUGGGAAGGGGAGGUGAACGGCCGGAGAGGGCUCUUCCCGUUCACCCACGUCAAAAUAAUCGACCCCCAGAACCCAGAUGAGAACGAAUGAGAGAAGCAAUGGCUGCCCCGCCCUGCCCCGGCCAUCUCCCCCACCCGCCUCUCUGAACGCCGCCUCCAUUCGUCCUCCCAGCCUCGCCACCCUCGCUCUCUCUGCAUCGCUUCAGUGAACUCCGGGCCCGUGGAUUGCCCCAGUUGCUCAGGCGUGCUUGCUGAGUGUUCUCAGCUCUGCCUUCAAACAGCUGUUAACCAACCCUCACCUGGUGACAGGAGUGCCAACAUCAGUUCACCCCCCCCACCCCUUCACCCUCUUUUGUUGCGAUGUUUUUUUUUUUUUUUUGGGUUAGGACAUUUGGCAGCCUGUCACUGCACAGAGGUGAGUUGAUUUGCUGUAGCUUCCUUGUGAUGCUUAGAAUUUCAUUUCUUUUACCCUUCACCCCUGCCCUCCCCUUCCAACCUCAAGGUGUUUUAAUUUUUUUGUGAGCCAAAAUUAACUUAGCCUUGUCGCUGAUGAGAAGGGAUUAAUGUAAUGAAAGGACAGACAUUGCUGGGGAAGACCAGACCAGGACAAACAAGGAGAGGAGAAGUCUCUUCUUUUUUGUAAAAAACGCAUUAAAGCAAGAAAGGUUACUGCCGUCAUUUUAGAAUAACCCAACUACAUGCAUUUUAAGUGUGACAGCAAUGUCCAAGGUGCAAAAGGAUAAACACUUACCAGGAGUAGAGACUGAUUGACUUGUGCACGUGGGGGAAGAGGCAGCAGGUGUUUGAGCGAACCUCACUCUGGCCAGAUUUUUCAGAAAGAAACUGGCGUUGAGGUCAGCGGGACCCGGAAGUGGACUUCACAUGUCUCAUUUAAAAAAAAAAAAAAAAAAAGCUUGUGGUCUACAGCCUUUGCAGAGUGUGCCAUAAAACCGCUUGAGUUGCAGAGUAUGCCAAAUGGAAAUGAGGUUUGCACGUCAGGACAUGGUUGUGGCUGGUAUGGCGAUGGCCACAGUCUGCGGAACGGGAACUGUAGUAACAUUAGCUUUGGCUGGGGUGCCACGAAUCACCAUCAUGCCAGAAAGUCAUCGGCGGGGGGAGCCAUCGGAGGCCGUCUUAUGCUGGCUAAUUUGCAGGGGGCGCCCUUCACAUUCAUUUGGGGAGUUGCACAAAUGAAGCCCCCCCCCCCAAAUCAUGUUUGUACCAGCUUUUCUUUCAUAGGGACGAUUUGUCACUGUACAAGAAAGUUAGAAACAUUUGCAUCAAUGUGAAGAUUUACCACAUGAGGAAAACAUGAAAGAGAAAUUUAAAUUAAGUACAUGUGUGGCAGGUUUCCCCCCCUUUGGACAUUUGAGCUUAAUGGAUUUCCUGCUUCAUAGGCUAUCAGUAGAUGCUCUCCUUUAAAAAAAAAAAAGUUGACAUGCUGCUCUCUAUAUAGUGCUUUCUCCCCGGUCCAGCUUUUUCUUUGCUAGAAUAGCAGUGCUGUACAAUAAAGUUGUCCCCAUUUCCUAUGUCUGUCAUUAAAUCGGUCAGCUGUUGGGUCACACACAUUGAACUUGCCAACUGAAAAGGACAUUUCAGAAAAGGGAAAAAAUGCCUGCUAGUGGCCUCUGCAUGAUCUUGUGUUGUUCAAGGUCGAAAUGCUGCUUUGUCACCUCUAACGUCUUUCUUUUCUUUUAUGCAAUUACCGUUUUCCUCUUGAAACAUGUUAGUGGGAUUGCCAUACCUCAAUGUGUGUAGUUCCAGUACCUGCACAAUCUCUUUUCUAACCCUUCAAAUGAAGCAAUAUCACUUCCUUGUCUCUUAAGUGCUGUAUUAAUUUGUCUUUUUAAAAUCUGGAGGUUGCCCCAUACUGUAUUCCAUUUUGUUGAUACUACCAGUGUUACUGUGCUUUUUUGUUUAGGAAGCGUACAGUGUCCUUUUGUUUCAUUUUUUAAUAAAUAAAUUGUGCCUUUUAUUUUCUUACUCCAUUUAUGUGUGUAAUGCAUCACAUGGUUAAUAUAAUACCCGUGUUGGUAAGACCCAUCAUGUA